AUGGGCACGAUUGGACAGCGAGUCGAGGAGAAAUAUCGACCACUUGUUUGGAAGAAAAAGAAGAAAAUACGAUAUAGCGGAACUUGGGGCAAACGUGCUCUGCUUGCUCGGAGGAUUGAGAAGUAUUCGUCUAUUAUACAAUCAACAAAAACACUCCUUGGAAAAGUGGAACAAGAUGAUAAUGAAAGAAGGGAAGAUCUCGAGGACACAAUGAGACGUGCCCAAGAAGUGUGCGAAAGAUCUAGGACAGAGCAGCAACGACUGGAGGUAGAGUACAAGGAGUUUCAGAACAGGAGUUAUGUCCCGCAAAGAAGAAGACAAAGAAAAACAGAAAUGAAGCAAGAAGAGAACUUCGACGAUUGUCGUCAUUAUAAGACUAGUUUCUCGCAAGCUGUUUUAGUGCCUACUGUAACUGAACUUUUCGAUAGUUAUGUGAAGUCGGAACCCAAUUACUGA